GCGCAGUUCAUCAUGUUGUUCAAUUCUCGCCGGCAAUCGAGUACAGUCCAGUCGCCAUCAGUCCGUCACGACGCCAUAGUAUUCAAGGCUCGAAUAGGCAUACCGACCGGUAGCUUCAUGUACGAAAUCAAACUUGCCGUCUUUCUGUUAACGACGGCCCUCGGCAGCCAUGAAUCGAAGACGCGGUUGGAGUCCAUUACUCAAGAUAUUCGUAUUUCAUCUCAUUCUGGGACGGGAUGAAAUCGGGGGCGACGAAGUGCAUC